AUGGAUUUCUUCACUUCCAUACCAACUCAUAUUGACUAUGUAGGCCAGGCUAAAGCUGAAAAAUUGUACAGAGCCAUUAUUACACUGUUCAGUAUAGUUGGUUUCGUAUGGGGCUACAUCGUUCAACAGUUUUCGCAGUCUGUAUACAUACUGGGGGCCGGAUUCAUCUUAGCUGCAAUCCUGACUGUUCCUCCAUGGCCCAUGUACCGCCGCAACCCACUAAAUUGGCAGAACCCCAGAAGUAAUGAAGAAAAACCAGCAGGAAAGAAGGGAAGAAAUGAACAUUCCUACCUUGUAUAUGCCGCACACACCAUGACCACGAGUGCAAUUUCAUCAGUUAUGUAUUUCUUUACUCUCAAAUAA